GUGGUUUUUAAAAAUAGUCUUCCCGGAGUGUGAGGAAGCGGGACUUGAGUGCAUUGUGGAUUUUUUCUGUGCAACAGAUGGAUGUUAUGACUAGAAUCAACAUUUAACGGAAAGACACUGAGAUUUGCUUACAGAGAUCAUUGGAGGACUAAACCUUCGUGUUACCCGGACUAUAAUGUACCAAAGACUGACGAUCUCAGUGAGUACUUAGAGCCAGGUGUCAGUCCAGAUGGCAUGUGAGAGUUUGUUCUGCUCUCUGGUUCCUCUGUCGUGCAGACCGCCACCUGUCAGUUGUUCAUUAACGUAUUAAAGACAGGUAGAGCAGCCGUUUUGAUUGUAGAGGAAUAUUGAUCUCAGGUUCCAGCUGAAGGGACACGAGGACUUCACGUCUUCUUUCAGUGUUUGGGGUUGAGAUUUACCACAAGCCCGUUUUGUUCUCUUAUCUGGAUGUUAGAUAGUAAAUCAAAAGACAGCGUGACUUCUGCUUAGUCACUGAGAAGCGCACCUUACUUCUGUUUUUGGACUUUUGCUGUCAAUGGAAAAGAUCGGCUCUCGUGGCCAAACUUGAAGAAAAAAGUUUAAAUCAGGACUUAGCUGCUGUGACCAUGUAGUUUGGAGAGGACGCUCAAAUCUCAAAGGACGGUCCAGCGUUUCAAUAAUGUACGGCUUACAGAGUUUUCUCUGCCUGGGAGUGUUGAUGACGCUGGUCUCCAACGACAUGCUGGAUGAGUGUCUGGAAUCAAACCCACGGUUCACCAUGAACGUGGUGCUGCUGGAGGACAACACUUACGAAUGGAGUCGACCGUUUGUUCAGGAGGCUGUGGAAGGAGCCAUUGAAAAGGAUGCAGAAGAGAACAGAAAAGCUGGCUUGAACUUCACUUUGACAGCUAACUACAACUGGUUCAACACCAACUUGUACAACCGUCAGGGCUGUGGGAGCAGCACCUGUGAGGGAGUGGCCAUUCUCAAAAGGCUGCAUAACACCGGAGAAGUUGGCUGUGUCAUGUUGGGCCCUUCCUGCACCUUUGCCACCUUCCAGUUAGUAGAUGAGGAAAUUGGCUUAAGUCUGAGCAUACCUGUCAUCUCUGCUGGGAGCUUUGGCCUCUCGUGCGACUACAAACCCAAACUGACCCGGAUUCUGCCUCCAGCACGGAAAGUUUCAGACUCGCUGGUGUAUUUUUUAAAUGAAAAAAAUAUCUUUAAACCUGCAUGGGAGAAGGUUUAUGUCUAUAAGAAGUCUCACAAUGUGACUGAGGACUGCUUCUGGUACAAUAACGCCCUGGAGGCCGCGUCUGCCCACUUUGCAACAAACAAGAAAAGGGAGAUGCUGCGCGGGGAGGAAGAUCUGAGGAAGGCCCUGACUUCUAAGUACAGAUUUAGCAACAUAUUUAUUCUAUGUGGGGGUGUUGAUGACAUCGUCUCAAUAAAGACGCUGGCAAAGCAGUUCCAUGAAGACACCAUUUUCAUUCUCAUCGACCUUUAUAAUCCUGAGUAUUACAUCAACACAACGUCUUUAUCAGCCAUGCGAGACGUCCUGGUGGUCACUCUGCCACCGAGGAACUACGUUAACGAGUCAAACUCAACAUUUAACAACACGAUAAAUGAUUAUGUGGCCGGGUAUCAUGAUGGAGCUUUGCUAUUCGGUGAAGUGCUCAGGAGGAGAAUGCUCAGUCAGCGGCUCAAGACUACAGGACAAGUGCCUCUGAGCGACACUCCAUUUGGAAACGUUUCCUUCGAAGGAAUGGCAGGAAGCUAUGUGCUCGAUGAGUACGGUGACAGAGAUGUUAACUUCUCCUUCAUCUACACAUCUGCUCAGAAUGACAAGUAUGAAACUCUUUCAGUGUUUGAUACAUCUCAAAAUAUUACCAUAAUGUGGCAUGACAGCCCCGCCUUGCCGUGGAAAGACGGUCAACUGCCUGGAGACGAACCAGAAAAUACAGAAGACUUAAGCACUCAAGAUAUCAUUGUGAUCGUCUUGGGUGUCAGCGUUGUGGUGGUGACAGCCAUUGCUCUCAUUUUCUACAGACAGAACAGAAAAGAGCGCCUGAUGCAGAUGAAGUGGUCCCACAUUGAGCCGCACCUGAUUGGUCCUCUGGAUGAGAAGGAGGUCUCCCUGAAGAUUGAUGAAGAUAAGCGGAAGGACAGUACAUUCUUCUCUCAUCGUGGUCGCUACGACAAGAAGCCUGUUAUAUUGAAAGAGCUGAGACACCCAGAUGGAGAUUUUACUGAGGAGCAAAAGAUUGAACUUAACACUCUGCUGCGCAUCGACUAUUACAACCUCACAAAGUUUUAUGGGACUGUGAAGUUUGAGUACGGCGUGUUUGGCGUGUUUGAGCUAUGUCAGAGGGGCUCUCUCAGGUAUAUUCUUAACGACAGGAUAUCCUACCCAGAUGAAACCUUCAUGGACAUGGAGUUCAAGAUCUCAGUCAUGUAUGAUAUCGCUAAGGGGAUGUCAUACCUCCACACUAGCAACAUCCCAGUCCACGGACGCCUCAAAUCAACCAACUGUGUGGUUGAUAACCGCAUGGUGGUCAAAAUCACAGACUUUGGUUGCCACACGAUCUUGAAGCCGCUCAAAGAUCUGUGGACCGCCCCAGAACAUCUUCGUAAAGAUGGAGUCUCCCAGAAAGGCGACGUUUACAGCUACGCCAUCAUCGCCCACGAGAUAGUUACGAGGAAAACCCCGUUCUAUACACAGUACUGCUCCGAUUCAGCAGAGAAAAUGUACAGAGUUCAAUAUCCCAGAAACAACAACUUCUUCAGACCAGAACUUAACUUUGAAGGAGCAUCAGACAGAGAAAUUGAGCUGUACAUGCUGAUAAAGAACUGCUGGGAUGAGGAUCCUGAACGGAGGCCAGAUUUUAAGAAAAUAGAACUAACUCUGGGAAAGAUUUUCAGUAAUCUGCACAACCAAGCCACUGAGACAUACAUGGACAACCUGAUCCGUCGUCUGCAGAUGUACUCCAGGACUCUGGAGAAUCUGGUGGAGGAGAGAACUGCUCUGUACAAAGCUGAGAGGGACAGAGCCGACCGCCUCAACUUCAUGCUGCUCCCCGGUCCUGUGGUGCGCUCCCUGAAGGAGACCGGUCGGGUGGAGCCAGAACUCUUUGAAGAGGUGACCAUUUACUUCAGUGACAUCGUGGGAUUCACCACCCUCUGCCACUAUAGCACUCCCAUGGAGGUUGUGGACAUGCUCAACAACAUCUACAAGAACUUUGACAGCAUCUUGGACCACCAUGACGUCUACAAGGUUGAGACAAUAGGAGAUGCAUACAUGGUUGCAUCCGGUUUACCCAACCGGAAUGGGGACCGGCAUGCAGUGGACAUUGCCCACAUGGCUCUGGACAUCCUGUCAUUCGUGGGAACUUUUGAGUUGCAGCACCUGCCUGGGAUUCCUCUGUGGAUCCGUAUUGGAGUGCAUUCAGGCCCCUGUGCAGCAGGAGUGGUGGGAAACAAGAUGCCUCGGUACUGUCUCUUUGGGGACACGGUCAACACGGCGUCACGCAUGGAGUCUACUGGCCUGCCUUUGAGAAUCCAUGUGAGCCAAUCAACCAUCAAAAUCCUGCAGAGGACAGCCUGCAAGUUUGAGUUUGAGCAGAGAGGAGAGACCUAUCUGAAGGGUAAAGGUAAAGAGAUGACGUACUGGUUAACAGGAGUGACGGGGGGCAACUACAACCUGCCUGCACCACCAACAGCGGAAAACUUCCAGCGGCUCCAGCAGGACCUGGCAGACAUGAUCAUUUCCAGUCUGGAGAAGCGUGAAGGCGGGAAGGAGACCAUUGAAAAGAGGAAGACCUUGUCCACCAGAAUCCGCUGGAGGGACAGAAACAACAGCCUUCAGAAGGAAAGUCCGCCCGAGUACUUCCACCUGGCUGUCACAGAGGAUCCCAGCACUUACCUGUGAUUCCAGCUUUCAGUGGAUUAUACUGACAGAGAAGACUGUAAUGAGCCAGAUCAGGUAUCUGUGCGUUCUCUUUCUCUGAUUCAGGACAAUAAUGACAGAGAAAAAUAAGCUUUACACAGAUGUUCCUGUUCCAGGUCACAAUCAUUUUCCUAACACUCAAACCACCUGCAGUAAAACGCUUCUCUACACCAAUUUGUUACAUGAAUCUUAAAAUUCGUUCCACUUACACGCCAGACCUGCUCACACAACGGACAAAAUAAUGCAUGUUAAAUAAUUUUCCUUGUUUUAUAGGAUUGUAUUUAAUUGUAGCAUAACAACUUCACUGUUUAUGGAGUAUAGCUUUUUUUAUUUUCACAAUGCAACUCUUUUAGUAAAGUCUUUAUUUAAUUAAUGGCUGCUUAAGAGAGACUUUAAAGCUUCAACAUUGGUUUUUUUUUAAAGAUAAACAUCAAUUUGGAUCAUUUUACGUGUUAUAGAGAAGAUGCUUCACCUUUAUUUUUAAAUCAUAAUCUUAUCUGCUGUAACACUGACAAAUGUUUAACUCCUCGAUGUCUAUUCAUGUAAAUAUGUAUUCAACCACUUCAGCUACAAAAUUACUUUAAUUUAGCAUCCACUUAAAAGCAAAAACACACAUUUUCAUAGCUGGAAAUUAAUCCAGGUGUCAAGAGGUAAUAGAAGAGGAAAGAUUUGAUGGUGUGAGCUCCAAAUAAACCCAAACAAUGACGGAAAAUAUGUUUAUUUUGGAAAGGACGUUUGUGUUAAAUGUGUGUAUGAACAUUUUUGGAAUUAAAUAUAUAAAUAUAUUAAAACAGUACUAUGUAAAUAAACCUUUGCUGCUGUAAGGACAGCAGAGCUACAGAUGUAUAUGUUCACCUAUUUUAGACUUAUUGUACAGAUGUUUGUCAAAUAAAGUUAACUACACAGUGGAUUGAUUAUUUAUCAAACUGAUUACAUGAAGAUGAUCAAUACUUUCUUUUUUCUUUUAUUUCCAGAGAUUUAGGAUUUGUUUCUGCCAUCUCUUUAAUUUUAGUGUAAAUCUUUAUAACACAAGUUUUAAUUUGUUUUAAGAGUUUCUGGAAUAUGAGUGUGAUUAUUUUUUAUAUACUGAAUAAUGUUUAAAAUAUGGCACAAGUGUGAGGAUUCUUAUAGUUUUUAAUAUCACUUUUGAAAAA